UCCCGAGGACUGAAUGGAUUUUCACCAGCCUCCCAAAAGAAAUGUGACUUUUAACAUACGCUCAAGAAAUACACCAUGUUUACCCAACAACUGAAAGGAUCCGUAGCCUUGUGGAUGUUCAUUUUCAUACAGCUAGUCAUUGGGCUUGAGAAGGAUGGAAGAGCUGUAUGGGGGAAAGACCCCAGUUUAAGUUCUGUGAAUGAAACCCAGAUGUUUGUGCAUGACACAUUCCCUAAAAACUUCCUCUGGGGCGUGGGGACCAGCGCUUUCCAGGUGGAGGGCAGCCAGAGGAAGGAGGGAAAGGGACCCUCCAUAUGGGAGCACUUCAUCCUUUCACAUUUGAGAGCUGGUUCCAAGACAGAUGACUCCAGUGACAGCUACACUUUUUGGAAGAAAGAUUUAUCAGCUCUGGAUUUUUUGGGAGUUGCUUCUUAUCAGUUUUCAAUUUCAUGGCCAAGGCUGUUCCCCACUGGGAUGGUGACAGCUGUUAAUGAAAAAGGGCUCCACUACUACAAUAGUCUCCUAGACGCUCUCGUUCACAGACGAAUUGAGCCUGUAGUCACUCUUUACCACUGGGACUUGCCUUGGGCACUGCAAGAGAGAUACGGGGGCUGGAAAAAUGAAUCCCUCAUUGAUAUUUUCAGUGACUAUGCUACUUUUUGCUUCCAAGCUUUUGGAGAUCGGGUUAAGUACUGGAUUACGAUCCACAAUCCUUUUCUAGUUGCUUGGCAUGGGUAUGGCACAGGGAUUUAUGCACCCGGAGAGAAGGACGAAAGGGCUGCCUACCUAGUAGGGCAUCAUCUGAUCAAGGCUCAUGCAACAGUCUGGCAUAAUUACAACAAACAUUUCCGACCACAUCAGAAAGGAUUUUUGUCAAUAACGUUGGGGUCCCAUUGGAUCGAACCUACCAAAUUCAGGGACAACGAAGACAUUACCAAGUGUCAGCAGUCCAUGCAGAAAGUGCUUGGGUGGUUUGCCAAGCCAAUACACGGGAAUGGAGAUUACCCAGAAGAGCUGAGGACAGAACUUGCUUCUUUCUUGCCAAAUGUAACAAAGACAGAGAAGGACCACAUUAAAGGGACCGCUGACUUCUUUGCAUUUUCCUUGGGCCCAAAUAAUUUUACACCACCACGCAAGCUUCCAAAAAUGGGGCAAACUUUCUCACUCGACCUGAGGGAAGUGUUGAACUGGAUUAAGCUGGAAUAUAACAAUCCUAGAAUCCUGAUUGCAGAAAAUGGGUGGUUCACCAACAGCCAUGUAAAAACAGAAGACACCACAGUUAUCUACUUGAUGAAGAACUUUAUUAAUAAGGUCUUACAAGCAAUUAAGUAUGAUCAAAUUGAUGUAUUUGGCUACACGGCUUGGUCCCUCCUGGAUGGAAUUGAAUGGCAUCACACCUAUAAUACCAGAAGAGGAUUAUUUUAUGUAGAUUUCAAUAGCAAAGAAAAAGAGCGGAUUCCAAAGUCAUCUGCAUUUUAUUACAAGCAAAUCAUACAAGAAAAUGGCUUUCCUCUGAAGGAAUCAACCCUAGCUUUCCACAACCAGUUUCCCUGUGACUUCUCCUGGGGGAUGACAGAGUCAGUCAUUAAGGCAGAAUCUGUUGCUUCCUCUCCACAGUUCUGCGAUCCCAAUCUCUAUCUCUGGAAUGUUACUGGAGAUGGACUUUUCUACCCGGUGAAAGGUGUGAAACUGAAAACUCGACUGGCUCAAUGUACAGACUUUGUUAGCAUUAAAACACAACUUAAUCUGUUAUCACAGUUGAAAAUCACCCAUUAUAGAUUUGCGCUGAAUUGGUCACUGCUUCUGCCCAGUGGUGAUUUGUCAUCCAUAAACAGACAAGUCCUUCGAUACUAUCGAUGUGUGAUCAGUGAGCUAUCCAAGCUCAACAUUAAGCCUGUGGUCACCUUAUAUUAUCCAACUCACCGGUCCUUGGGGCUGCCUGGUCCUUUACUUCAGAAUGGUGGCUGGAUAAAUCAGUCCACUGUCCAGGCUUUCAGAACUUAUGCAGAAAUGUGUUUUCAGGAGCUUGGGGACUUGGUUAACUUCUGGAUCACAAUAAAUGAGCCUAACCGACUCAGUGAUAUCUAUAACAGCAGCAGUAAAGAUACCUAUGAGGCAGCCCAUAAUUUAUUGAUAGCACACGCCUUGGCUUGGCAUGUCUACAAUAAACAAUAUCGAUCCUUUCAGCAUGGUCAGGUGUCUCUGUCUCUACAUUCUGAUUGGGCAGAACCUGCCAACCCAUUUAUUGACACCCAUUGGGAAGCUGCUGAGAGAUUCCUUCAGUUUGAAAUAGCUUGGUUUUCUGAUCCAAUUUUUAAGACAGGAGACUAUCCCGCAGCUAUGAGAGAAUACCUUGCCUAUAAGAACAGCAAAGGCCUCUCUGGCUCUUCUUUGCCGUAUUUCACAAAUGAAGAGAAGAAACUCGUCAAAGGGGCUGCUGAUUUUUAUGCACUGAAUCAUUUCACCACAAGAUUUGUGAUCCAUGAGUCUAAAAAUGGAAGUCGAUAUGAUUUUGAUCAGGAUGUUCAAUUUCUGCAAGAUAUCACCUGCCUAAAUUCCCCCUCUCGCUCAGCAGUAGUGCCUUCGGGGUUACGCAAAAUCCUAAACUGGAUUAAAAAACAUUAUGGCGAUAUAGACAUCUACAUCACAGCAAGUGGGAUAGAUGAUCACUCUUUAAUCAGUGAUGGCCUUCGUAAAUACUACAUGGAAAAAUAUGUACAGGAAGCUUUAAAAGCUUACCAUAUCGACAAAGUCAAUGUCAGAGGCUAUUUUGCAUUUAAACUUGCUGACGAAAAAUCCAAACCCAGACUUGGCUUCUUCACCUCUGAAUCCAAAGCCAAGGCAUCCGUUCAAUUCUACAACCAUCUGAUUAGCAACAAUGGCUUUCCCUUGGAGCCUGCAAAUAAUGUCUGUGGUCAGCCAAAGGAAAAAGCACCUUGUGCCCUCUGCCUACUUCUAAUGCAGAAAAAGCCACUAGUGUUCUUUGGAUGUUGCCUUUGCUGUACUCUCAUCUUGCUCUUAAGUAUUACUAUUUUUCACAAAAGAAAAAGGAGAAAAUGGUAUUGGUCCAAAAAUCUCAAGCACAUCUGUGUUCCCGUCAAAACCAGACAGAAGAAUGUUCUCAACCAGAAAUAGAGCCAUCUCUUUUUUUUCCUGCAGGAAUGUCAACAGGAAGGAUGAGAUAAAUUAUUGGAAGAACUCCAAGUCACUCCAGUGGUGUAUAACAAGAAGUGGUGACUGGUGGACUCUGAUGUCAGCUGAAAGAACCUUGGACAGCUCCUUGAAAGUCUGGACUAAACCCCAGAGAGGAUUCACUGCCCCACUGACAUCGGAGCCACCAGCCUCCACUGACACCAAGGUACUUGUAAAAGAAAGCAUACAGCUUUGUAUGAUCAGAAUAUUCAUAUUGGUUGAUUCAUGUUUACAGUCAGAGAAUCCCAGGAUGUUUACUCAUGUGUUCAUGUUUAUUGUAAAGUCACUCAGGACUCCUUAUUUAUAUUAUCAUACAUCAUGAGAGGAAAGAGGUUUUCACUUUUGGUUUCUUCAGAAUAAGUCUUGAUUACAUAAAGGACGUUUAACCACUGUCAUGCCUGAAUAUCUUAGGGCAAGCUCUUAGGACAGAUGUAUACCAAGGAAGAAAAAAAUUGUAUUAAUUCAGUAUCUAACUUAUUUUAAUUGUAGUUCAAACAUGAAUACAUUCCUUAUGUAACCUGGUACAGUAAUUGAACUAGUCUGACUUGAAAAAGGACAUGAAUAUGUCAGAAUUUGUGCACUUCUAUAGAAAUGUCUUCAAAUUUGUGGAGUUAUUAAGGUAUGCCUGCAGCUGUUGUGGUCUGCAGAUGUGACAUUUCCGUAUUUUUGUUUUUGUCUCAAAGCUGAAGUUACUAGUAUUUCAAACAUGAACACUUAAUUGCCAACUUGUCCCUAGCAAACUAGAAGUUUCAUCUAGGCAUCUACCAUAUUUAUCUCACAACUGAGCAUUUCAACUAAUUCGGGGAAAGGGUUUAGUCCUCAUUAUUGUAAAAGCAAGAUAAAAACUGCAUUAACCCGCCUCAAGAACAAUGAAGGACAUGUGGUCUCCACAGCAUCUGCUUCAAGCCCAGGCGUGUAAUUGGGAAAGAGUCCUGAAAUGUACCAUUGGUCUCACCUGAAAGGUGAUUUUCAUAGGAGUGGGCCAUCACUACGGGUAAUAGUUCCACCUAUCGUGCGAAGGCAAGAAUGUUUUUGAAGUCAAGACUAGGGGCGUCAGGCCCCUCCCACUGUCCAGUUCAUUCGUAGUGAGUCUAAAAAGAGAUAUCUAAAAAUACAAGAACAAGGCCAACAGACCCGCCAGGAAAAUAACACAAUAGUCGCAUGCAUAAUAACAUGACUCUAACAUAACAAUAUAACAGAGCUAAAAGUCUUGACUUCACUCUUACAUUUAAAUAUAAUAGCGUAACAAUAAUAUGUAACCCAUUAGAAAUAUCUAGUCAUCCUCCAACUGGGAGGGUCGUGAUGGCCCACUCCUAUGAAAAUCACCUUUCAGGUGAGACCAAUGGUACAUUUUCCAUAGGAGGUGGGCCAUCACUACGGGAUGUACCAAAGCAGCCCAUACAGGGAGGGACCACCCAUGUGUUAAUCCUCAUUAAGAACCUGUUGCAACACUCGUCUGCCGAAAGAUGCGUCAGCAGAGGCAUAACGAUCAAUUUUAUAAUGCCUUAUAAACGAGUGUGGAGUAGACCAGACUGCAGCCCUACAAAUAUCGGCAACAGGAGCAUUAGUGGCAAAAGCAGCCGAAGUGGCAGCUGACCUGGUAGAAUGAGCCGUUAGACUAGCUGGAACUGACAGCUUCAAAGACUCAUAUGCUAAAGUAAUACAUGCCCUUAACCAACGGGAUAAGGUAGGAUUGGAUACUUUAUGCCCCAUAGAUCUUGGAUGAAAGGAUACAAACAGAGACUCUGUUCGUCGAAUCUCUUGGGUCCUAGACAGGUAGGUCUUGAGAGCCCUCCAGACAUCUAACGAAUGCCAAGCCUUCUCAAGAGGAUGGGUAGGAUUCAGGCAAAAGGAAGGCAAAACAAUGUCCUGGUUGCAAUGAAAAACUGAAUCGACCUUGGGACGGAAGGAAGGAUCAGUCUUCAGCACCACAGAGUCCUUAUGGAAGACGCAGAGGUGUCGAGCAGAAGACAAUGCGCCCAACUCCGAAACGCAUCUGGCAGAUGUGAUUGCGAUCAGGAACAAGACCUUGAAGGACAGUAUACGUAGGGGCACAGUCCUGAUGAGUUCAAACGGAGGGCAUUGCAAAGCCUGCAGAACUUUCGGCAAACUCCAUGAGGGGAACCGAUGGACGACAGCCGGAGAGCAUAGGGCGACACCCCUCAAAAAACGUUUGAUGAACGGAUGUGAGGAAAUAUGAGCUUCAGGAGAGGACACUGAGAGAAUGGACGACAGAGUGGAUGUAUGUCGACGUAGAGUGUUGGGUCGAAGUCCCAUCAUAAAGCCGCUAUGGAGAAAUUGCAGCACCUGAUGCACAGUGGCCUGGGAUGGAUCAUGGUGGUGGGACUGGCACCACUUGGAGAAGGCCACCCAGGUAUGUUGAUAAAUACGAGUGGUAGAUGGUCUUCUCGAGGCCAAAAUAAUAUCAAUCACAGCAUCAGACAGUCCAGCUGACCUCAAAUGUCCCCGUUCAAACGCCACGCUGUUAGAUUGAGCCAAGUAGGGUCCUGGUGCCAUACUGGACCCUGGGAUAGAAGGUCUGGCCUGACUGGAAGUGUCCAAGGAUCCAUCAUUGACAUUGCCAGAAGAUCUGAGAACCACGGUCGGCGUGGCCAAAAUGGUGCUAUCAGAACCAGCUGUGCCCUCUCGGUUCGCGCCUUCCUCAAGGUUUUGGCUAACAAUGGUAUGGGAGGAAAGGCGUACAAGAGACCGUCUGGCCACGGUGUCGUCAGAGCAUCCACUGCUUCCGCUGUUGAGUCCAGGUAUCGGGCAAAGUACCUGGGGAGCUGGCAAUUGCAACUGGAAGCAAACAGGUCGACUGAGAGAAUGCCAAACCGACACUGGAGACGAUGGAAAAUGACUGGAUGAAGUUUCCAUUCUCCCAGAAAGACCUGUUGUCUGCUGAGCCAGUCUGCUGUCACAUUCCAAAUCCCUCUGAGAUGUUCUGCUUCCAGGGAUUGUAGAUGUUGUUCUGCCCAGACAAAGAUGAGGGAGGCUAAGUCCUGCAGAGGACGAGACCUGGUGCCCCCGUCUGUUCAAAUGUGAUUUUACACACGUGUUGUCUGUUCGAAUGAGCACAUGGUCCAAAGGGAACAGAGACUGAAAAUGACGUAGAGCUAAGUGGACAGCCUUUAGCUCCAGCCAGUUGAUGCUUUGAGUUUGCUCUGCGGUGGCCCAAACCCCCUGAACGUACUGGGAGUUGCAGUGGGCUCCCCAACCUAUGAGGCUGGCAUCUGUGGUUACAACGGUUCUGCGGGGUUCUCUGAACGACGUGCCCUUGGAGAGGUGUUGAACCUUGGUCCACCAGCGGAAGGAGAGACGCAGUGCGGGGCUCAAAUGAACUUUGCGAUGGUUGGAGCUGGCAAUGUCCUUUUGAAAGGGCAACAGGGUCCAUUGAAGGUGCCGAGUGUGGGCUCGAGCCCAUGGCACAAUGUGGAUUGUAGAUAUGAACAUUCCGAGUGCUCUGGCAGAAGCAUGACGUCUGCGGAUGUUAGUUGCAUCAGGGACCUUGCGAUGCUUGUGAUGGCAGUGAUGCGAUCUGGAGCCAAGAAUACCAUUGCCUGCAGCAUGUCCAACAUUGCCCCUAGAUGUAGUAGGCGUUGGGUUGGUUGGGGAUGACUUUUGUCGAAGUUGACAAGCCAGCCGUAGGCCUGCAAAACAUUGAGGGUGAGCAUUAAAUGAUGAUGAGCCAGCUUCUCAGACUUGGCCCAUAUUAGCAGAUCAUCCAGAUAUGGGUAGAGAUGAACCCCUUGGGUCUGGAGAUAAGCCACUAGGAUGAGUAGCACUUUGGUAAACACUCUUGGAGCAGAGGAGAGGCCGAAUGGCAUCGCUCUAUAUUGAAAGUGCUGGUGGCCAAAAGCAAACUGAAGAAACUUUCUGUGGGCUAUGCAAACGGGCACAUGGAGAUACGCUUCCUUAAGGUCGAUAGAAGCCAGGAAGUCUCCUUCAUGCAGACUCUCCGUAAUGGAGUGGAGUGAUUCCAUUUUGAACCUGCGAUAUGUUACAAAACGGUUGACAAACUUGAGGUCCAAUACCGCCCUCCAUGAUAAAUCUCGUUUUGGCACAGCAAAUAGGAGGGAGUACACCCCUUCCGACCUCUCAGUUGUGGGGACUGGCUCUAUUGCCGCUAUGUCCAAGAGGUGUUGUAUAGCUGUCUGCAUGAUUCUGUGCCUGGCUGGUACCCUUGGGCAAGGGGACGGAUGGAAUCUGUCUGAUGGGAUUGCCCAAAACUCUAUGGCAUAGCCAUGACUGAAAAGCUCCCUGAUCCAGGAGACCGUAGUGAGGUGCAGCCAACGGUCUCCAAAAUGAAGUAAUCUGCCACCUAUGGGCAGUGUGUUAAUACUGCUUGCGUUGGCGAGGACCUCCCCUAUAUGAGGAUGAUGAGUUGCCCCUGCGCCCUUGGUACUGACCUCUGCCCUGGAAGCGUCGGUUCCAGGAGCCCCUGAAUGAAGUGGGGUCAUAGGAUCUGAAGUCGCGGCCUCGUCCUCCUGGCCGCGUUCCUCGAAAGGGCUGGUUAGUACGGAAGGAAGGAAAUCACCUGAAAGGCCUGUGGUCAAUGUUCUUGACAGUGGCCAGAACCAGUUUGUGGGCGUCUUUGGGAUCAACCAGCACUGCCUUUAGAGCUUCCUCGCCGAGAGUAAAGAUCCGGAGUAAGGAGCCCUGGAUAGAUUCAUUCUGGCCGCUGAAUCAGCCUGCCAGUGGCGAAGCCAGAGGGUCCAUCGCGCGACUAUCUGAACCGUCAUGGCUUGUGCCCCCAAUUGAGUGGCAUCCAAGGUGGCAUCGGCCACAAAAGCUGCUGUCUUACGCAACUUUAUCAGUGACCUUCUGAGGGCGACAGGAUCAGGGUUAGUGUCCUCUAAAAGAUCAUCCAGCCACAUCAUAGCUGCUCUGGAGAAAAGGGAGGCCGAAGCGGAGGCACGCAUGGAGAGGGCAGUGGCCUUGUGAUUUUUGCGGAGGGCGAAGUCUAUUCGUCGUUCAGUAGUGUCCUUUAAUUGGGAUUUCCCUUCCCUGGGCAAAAGAGAACGUGAAACAAGGCGAGCGAUUGGUUCAUCUAUGCCAGGGACGUCUAACUUGGUGGCAAAGUCCAGAGCUAGGGCGUAAAACCUGUCAGCCAGGUUCUUGAAGCGGCAAGAUUGGAAUGGGUGAGCCCAUUCUUCAGAGGCCAAUUUGGCAAUCGGGUCUGGCACCGGGAUGUAAUGUUCAGUAGGUGCAGGGGAUUUGAGAACCUUGGCCCCUUUGAUAGCUGGGGUGGAGGAAGUUGAAGGCGCAGUCUGGAGACCAAGGGUAUUAACUACCCUGCGUGCCAGGGGCUGAUAGUCUGAGGCAUUAAACAAGCGAUACGAUGUAUCCUCCUCAUGAUCUGAAUAGUCGCUCCAGUCAUCUCCUUCAACGUGGUCAGUGAAGGUUGACUCCUCCGCAUACGAGGCUUCGUCAAUACAUCUGCCUCUGGCUACAUCAAAGGGGUUUGGUGAACAGGAAGGAUGAGCAUCAUGACACGCACAUUGGUCCAUGUUGAGUUGAGGUAUGGCAGGAACUUGUGGUGGUGACUGCAUUUGGGUGAAAAAUGCCAGCAUGGCUUGAAGUUGGGAGAGGAAAUCAGGGGACGGCAGCAGCCCAGUUGUGGCAGAUGUUUGUGCCUGAGUGGCUAUUGGAACAGAUGUUUUUGACGGUAAAACGGAGAGAGGCUGGUUAGGCGAAAGCUGAGUGGGGAAGCCAGCAAAAUCUUCGUCAGAGGAAGCAGCAGGGGAAUGAAGUAUAUCGCUUAUGUGUGCGUGAGUUGCUGUGGUAGAGGUGGGGGUUGGCACAGAGGCAUAGCGUGGCCGCUUUGGUUUGUUAUGGCUGGAAAGAUGUUUUGUCUUAGCCAUUGCUUUAACAUGCUUAGACUUAGUCGCCUUAGAGUGUUGCGGCUGGGUUGUUUGUGACAUGCCUGGCUGAUCUGGCAUCAUAUUGGCUGAUUGCGACAUGCUUGGCUGUUCUGCCAUCUUAUAUUAACUUGGGUGCAGUACACGGCCACAGAGGGGGUAGGAUGUAAAGACCCGAACUGGCACAGUGUACGACCACAGAGGGGGUAGAAUACACUGGCAGAUGGCUAAGUGCACGGCCACAGAGGGGGCAGGAUGCACUGUGGUAUCAGCGUUAGUAUAAUAUAGGCUGUAUUUUAGGCUUGGUACACGGCCACAGAGGGGGCAGGAUGUACAAAAUAUAGUUCAGAUUAGUGCUGUAGGCUGGAUUUCAGGCGUGGUACACGGCCACAGAGGGGGCAGGAUGUACCGAAUAUAAUUCGGAUUUAGUACAAGGCAGCCACUGAGAUUAAAGCUCCAGCCUUGAUGAUACAGCCACAGUAGAUUUGUUUGAGUGAGCCACUGAAAUUAAAGCUCCAGCCUUGAUGAUAUAGUCACAGUAAAUUUGUGUGAGUCAGCCACUGAGAUUAAAGCUCCAGCCUUGAUGAUACAGUCACAGUAAAUUUGUGUGUAAGGAAGCCUGUGUAAGUCUGUCUACGGCCCACAUACAACACACAUACAGAUAGCUUGCAGGGAAGGUAUCCGUUGGUUAAUAAAGGGGUAACAAAAAGGGCGGGAAAUUUAAAUCCAACAAAAAUGGCGCCCGGAAAAAAGAGCGGGAAAAAAUGAUCCAAAAUGGCGGAGGGAGAAGAAGCAAUGGCGGCCGUCUGGUAAGGAGCUGAGGGCUGCCCAGCACAGUCUCGCAAGAGGGGCCGCGGGGCCAAUAGCCGCACUAGCGGCUCCAAAAACCCCCAAGGAGGGGACAGCCAGGAGAAAGGUAAGGCAGAAGGGGAAAGGCAGCCACCGCCGCCCGCCUGCAAAGCUCUUCGCGGUGGGGAAAUUAAAGCCACGGAGCGAGGCUGAGCUCAAGUAAAAGCCGCUAUUGAGAGAACCGCAGCCGCAGGCUUCAGUGGGGCGAGGCAGGACCCGGGCAGGCUAAAACAGGUAACGGGGUAACGCCGGGAGCCGCAGCCGCAAGCUCCCGCUGAGAUCAGAAGAACCGCAGCCGCGGUUUCUCCGAGAGCGUCACGGAGCGCGGCUAAAAGCAGCCCAGCAAGAAAAACCGCUGGAGGAGGAUUGCAGCCGCAAACUCCCGAGGGAUGCGGCAGAACCCAGGAAGAAAAAGAAAAAACUUUAAAAGGGGUCAAAGGACGAGGGGAAACCGCAGCCGCGGUCUCUCUAAGAGCUGUAAAGCAAUCCAACAGGGGAAAUAAACUGCCCGGGCAAGGGAAAACUCCCCCAAGGAAAGUCCCCAGAAAUCAGAUAAGCGGUUAGACACAAGACAGAGGGGAGGAGAACACUUGGGAGACACACAAGUAACAAUACCUCCGCACCGUCAAACACACAAACAAACACGAAAGACUUAGCUAAAUGCUAUGCUAUAUAGAUCUCAAUCUUGUUCGUACGAAGGCAAGAAUGAACUGGAGAGUGGGAGGGGCCUGACGCCCCUAGUCUUGACUUCAAAAACAUUCUUGCCUUCGCACGAUAGGUGGAACUAUUACCCGUAGUGAUGGCCCACCUCCUAUGGAAAAUAGAGUACCUCCAUCUCUGGUUCAGGUCAAAAGAAACAGUAACAAAAGGAAUCUUUGAAGGAGAAGAGACUCACAAUAGGGAUGUGUCAAGUCGGUCUGUAAGAACUUUAGUGGGAUAGUUCGAUGUGAGAGCCAGAGGAAAGAUUAGACUGUACAGCCCAAAAGCAAUCUCCAUGCUCCCAGUCCUUAUGCCUCCCAAAACAGCACCAUCCACAAAUAAGGGUGGGCUGGGGGUAUCAGCAGACUUGGAGACACCCAAAGGUCCAUAUAUAUUCCAAAUAUGUAUUACAGAAAAAUCCCACAGGAAAGGAAACCCUUGAAAAUAAUCUAUUAGUGAGAAGUGUAAGCAUUCCCAGGGCACAACCAUAUUUGGGAAGCAUGAGUUACUACAUUGUUUUGAAAAAAGUUGGCCUAUUUGUGCUGUUAGAAUUUCCUGAUUCUAUGACUUCAGUAGAUGUGAAGAGACAUAGGAUACUGCUGUAAUUUUUUUUAAUGACCAUGAUUCCAAAGCUGUGGAACACUCCAACCUGUUCAGGACCCAAGGAACACAAAUACAGCAGUUUUCUGUUGACCCCAGAUUUGUUGUACACAUCCCUUUUAUUUACAAAGAUGUGCCCUGUGAUAGUUACAUGUUUGAGAUGUGCAAACCACAUAAUUGUUUAUUAAUGUUAAAACUUUCAGUGCAGUCUGGGUGGUCAUCUGAAAUUUUCUCUUUAAUAUGCACUUUACCUAUUAAAGUCAUAUUUUCACCAGCUGUGGAAACGUGUCAGUUUCCUUUUUCACUAAAAUGUCUA